AUGCCUUCUACUUAUCGGGUUGUUUUCAAACUUAAAGAUGCUUGGAGAUGCGAUUCAGAGUUUCAAUCAAGAUUAUUAUUAGUCCAAGAGAUAUCGGAUACAGAUAUUUUGGGAAAUGAUGGCUCUAUACGGGUAACUACGACAAUGAAACCAAAGAAAUUGAAGGAAUAUAUUUCCAAGACUAUGAAAAUAAAGGGAAAAGUAGUUAAUUACACUAAAUUGAGGCCGCUCAACGCUAAACCGAAUUCUGGUCAUGCUUCUGAUGGAUCUUCUUCUCCUAGUGAAUAUAGAAAUACUGAUUUUCCUGGUCCUAAUCCAAAUCAUUCGAUAAAUUUGAAUUUACCGCCACGAGAUUCACCUCAACCCACCCUGAAUGACGGUUCGUAUCCUUUUCCUGACUACAACCCGACUCAAUACUCCACUGAUUAUUACCCACCUCAACCUCAAUAUCCCUCCAAUUACUUUCCACCAAUUGAGCCUCAGCCUCAACCCAUUUAUUAUCCACCACUCCAAAUAGAGUAUCCGACUGGACCCAAUUAUUAUUAUGGAUCAGGAUCUAUGCAACCUACCAAUAACAUGGGUUCUGGAUAUCAAUCGAAUGAUAUGCCACCCACAAAUAAUAUGGGUUCUGGAUAUCAAUAUGGAUAUCAAUCAAAUGAUAUGCCACCCACCAAUAACAUGGGUUCUGGAUAUCUAUCUGAUAUCAUACAACCCUAUAAUAACAUGGAUUUUGGCAAUUAUAACAACAACAACAAUGAGAACAACAACAACAGUGGAACAACAACAAUGGGUACAACAACAACAAUGGGUACAACAACAAUGGGAACAAUAACAAUGGGGACCAAGAUGGUUGCUUUAUUAUACUUUGAGAAAAAAGAAAACCCGAAGUCUACGGAGAAAGUAUUGCCCGAUAAUGGUAGGAUUCGUACACCACAAUCACAGCCCAAUGAUGUGGAAAAUUCCCAAGUUGAGGUUCAUGAGACUGCUCUAGUUGAUGUUGAGCCAAUAGAGGAAGCUGAACAAGAUGAUGAUAGUUCUCUAAAGCCAUCCGAUGAUCAACAUAUUAGAAGAUCUAGUAGGCAACGACAACAUUCUAUUAUUGCAGAAAUUGAGAAGCUUAAAAGGGAUUUGAACAAGUCUUUUGUGAUGAAGGAUUUGGGUUCAGUGAAGCAGGUUGUUUUCAAACUUAAAGAUGCUUGGAGAUGCAAUUCAGAGUUUCAAUCAAGAUUAUUAUUAGUCCAAGAGAUAUCCGAUACAGAUAUUUUGGGAAAUGAUGGCUCUAUACGGGUAACUACGACAAUGAAACCAAAGGAAUUGAAGGAAUAUAUUUCCAAGACUAUGAAAAUAAAAGGAAAAGUAGUUAAUUACACUAAAUUGAGGCCGCUCAACGCUAAACCGAAUUCUGGUCAUGCUUCUGAUGGAUCUUCUUCUCCUAGUGAAUAUAGAAAUACUGAUUUUCCUGGUCCUAAUCCAAAUCAUUCGAUAAAUUUGAAUUUACCGCCACAAGAUUCACCUCAACCCACCCCUUUUCCCGACUACAACCCGACUCAAUACUCCACUGAUUAUUACCCACCUCAACCUCAAUAUCCCUCCAAUUACUUUCCACCAAUACUUGAGUCUCAGCCUCUACCCAAUUAUUAUCCAUCACUCCAAAUAGAGUAUCCGACCGGACCAAAUUAUUAUUAUGGAUCUGGAUCUAUGCAACCCACCAAUAACAUGGGUUCUGGAUAUCAAUUGAAUGAUAUGCCACCCACAAAUAAUAUUGGUUCUGGAUAUCAAUAUGGAUAUCAAUCGAAUGAUAUGCCACCCACCAAUAACAUGGGUUCUGGAUAUCAAUAUGGAUAUCAAUCGAAUGAUAUGCCACCCACCAAUAACAUGGGUUCUGGAUAUCUAUCUGAUAUCACACAACCCUAUAAUAACAUGGAUUUUGGCAAUUAUAACAACAACAAUGGGAACAACAACAAUGGGUACAACAACAACGGGAACAACAACAAUGGGAACAACAACAAUGGGGACAACAACAAUGGGGACCAAGAUGGUUGCUUUAUUAUGUGA